GGUGGUGUGGCACAGUGGAUAACACUACCCCUUGCCAGUGGGCUAUGGCAUCAUGUGGGAGAGUGGUUCAAUUCCAGGUCUGAGUGACUAUACUGCUCUACACUAAUAAUAGUCCUUGGGCAAGACUCCCAACACUACAUUGGCUCAACUCUGUAACAGAAAUAACCUUUGAAUCAGUGUUUGAUUGGAGAUGUCUGGAGACGUGGGCAUGGCGGGCAGCAGUAGGAGCUUGGCUAUGUUCGGGUACGUGGAGUGCGGGCCCUGCAUCGGGAAGAAGCAGAAGGCGGUAAAGUCCUGCCUGAACUGUCUGGAUUCAUACUGCCCGCUGCACCUGGACCUCCACGAGGAACUGCACGCCGGAAAGAGGCACAAAGUCAUCAACGCCACGGGCUUCCUUCAGGACAAGAUCUGCUCCCAGCACGACAAGCUGCUGGAGGUCUUCUGCUGCUCCGACCAGCAGUGCAUCUGCCUCAUGUGCACCAUGGAGAACCACCGGGGACACGAGAUCGUCUCCGCUGCAGCAGAGAGGACAGAGAAACAGAGCCAGCUGGGAGAGCCGAAGAAGAAAUCCAUGCAGAGGAUCAUGGAGCGUCAAAAGGAGCUGGACGCUCUGCAGAGGGCUGUGGACAAUCACAAGAGGUGUGCACAGUCAGCCCUGGCGGAGACGGAUAAGAUCUUUAACGAGAUGAUCCGUGCUAUCGAGAGCAGACGCUCUGAGGUGCAGGAUCUGAUCAAGGCUCAGGAGAAGUUGGCGGUGAGCCGGGCUGAAGUCUUCCUGAAGCAGCUGGAGGAGGAGAUCGCUGACCUGAGGAAGAGAGAUGAGGAACUGCAGCAGCUGUCACUCACCGACGACCAUAUCCACUUCCUGCAGCGUUAUGUGUAUCUCAGUGCCCCCCCUGGCUCGUCCGAUUUGCCCACCAUCACGGUGAGCUCUGUCAUCUCGUUUGACGACGUGUCUAAAUCUAUAAGUGAGCUGAAGAGGCGUCUGGAUGACUUCUGGAAAGAGGACAUUGAGAAGAUAACUAACAGAGUGAAACAAAUCCAGAUCCUCACACCUAUGACAAGAGACGAGGUCCUGCAGUAUUUCCGUGAUCUAAACCUGGACACCAACACAGCCUACCGUCGCCUCGCUCUCUCCAACUCUAACAAAACUGUGGCCAACAAUGACCGGGACCUGACCUACCCAGACCACCCGGAGCGUUUCGACUGGCCGCAGGUGCUGUGCAAGGAAGUAGUGUCUGAUCGAGCCUACUGGGAGGUGGAUUGGGCCGGCACCAACGGCGUCAACAUCGCCGUGUCCUACAAGAGCAUUCCCAGGAAGGGCGGCAGGAACGAGUGCUGGUUCGGCUGCAGCGAGCAGUCCUGGAGGCUGUACUGCUCGCCCUUCAGGUACGCCUUCAGACACCACAGCAAGGAAACCUACAUCCCCAAAACCAACCAGUCCUCCAGGAUAGGGGUGUACGUGGAUUACAGCGCCGGAACUCUGUCCUUCUACAGCAUCGCUGACAAGAUGAUCCUCCUCUACAAAGUGCAGGCCGAGUUCACCGAGCCCUUGUACGCCGGAUUUACUGUGUGGCCUGGGUCCAAACUCACCCUGUGUCCACCUGCUAAAGUAUAGAUUACUGUGUGUGCUUCACAUUUACCUAUAUAUAAAAAAUCUUGCAUAGAGACAGAGAAGGUUGUUGGUCAUUGUAAGGAAACCAUGCCACACAUGGGGGAAAUCAUUAUGCUAAAUUUGAAUAGAAGUCAAGAAGGAAAUUGUGUCUCUUUGUGUCUUUAAACAGCUUCAACAUAAAAUAUCAACAACAGCUAAGCUAAACUAACCAGAAGAUGACUGGAAAGUAGUGAGUAAUAGAUUUCAGAGGUGGAAACAAAGAUGUAAAAAGUAUUGGCAUUCAUUACUCAGGUAGAAGUAUAGAUACAUUUCUGCUUCUUAACACCAUGGUAUACUUAAUUUUAAACAGGAAAAGCUGUUUAGUUAUAAGCCUUUUACAAACUAAAUAAGAACAAACUAACACAAGGAAAAGGAACGGCAGAAGCUGUCUUGUUUUCCCCCAGGGUGUGGGCGUGGCCUAAAUGCACUCUGUCUCUAUAUUAGUAAUAGAAGUAUACCCAGAAAGAUGUAUAGUAGUUCUGUCACUUGUAUCUGAAUAUUAUUGUUUCCUUGACCUUAAUUUUAACCUGUGGAAUGUUUAUUGGGCAGUUAUUAGUCAUAGUGUGUUGUGUGUCAUCAUGUAGAGAAUAAGGGGUAAUAAGGUAUUAAGGGGUUAAUUUCUUUUUAUUAUUAUUUAUAUGAAUACUAGAAAAUACAUCAUUGGCCUGGUUCUUUCCUGGACAUGGAUUAACCUCCCUUCGUUGUCAUAUGACGACAUUGCAUUUCUGCUUCUUAACACCAUGGUAUACUUAAUUUUAAGUAUGUGAUGUAAAUGUAAUGUCGUCAUAUGUGGUCACAUGACAACAUGGUCACAUAACAACAUUACACUCAAUCGAUUGAAAGCAAGACGGUGGGAAUCCCACUCCAAGGUUUCUACAGCCAGUCCAGACAGAAACAUGGGCCAGGUAAAAAUUCAAUCAUCAAAUCUUAUGUUUGCAACUAGUUUAUUUAUGUACAAUAAUAUCACUAGUCUUAUAUAGGUUGCCUUUUUUUUAACAAAUCUUUGCAAUAAUAGGAAGUAAAAUGUAUGUCCCAUAUGAGGACAUUGUUUUUUGCAAAAAUGACUUCCUGUACAAAUACAAAGUUUAGUUUUUAUACUUGUUAGGUUCCACUAAUCCUAAAUAUGUAGCAGAAAUAAAAAAUGCACACCAAGCAAAAGUCCGGGUCUUAGGAGGUUAAAUUAUAGUCCUGAACUAGAUAGCAUUCUAAAUGGAGAUUUUUUUUUGUAUUAAAAAUAACACAAAGGGAAAGCUGAACACCAGAUUUAUAUACUGACAUGCAUUACAAUAGUCAUGGGACAGGAACUACUAUCAUGUCCCCUGACUUCCCCUGUCCAGUGGAAGCUGCUUGUCUGUUCACAUGGACAAUUCUAGCCAGACACUGCUCAUCACCAUCAUUACCAUCUACUGCACCUUUACAAAGGGAAUUAAUGAUAUGUUUUAAACUGCAGAAUUGUUUGCACAUCCCGUUGUCCUUGUAUAAUGAACAAAUGCCAAAUAAUUAAACUGUGUGAAGUGGGUAUAGACAUUUCUUCUUAAGGAUAGUUGGUGAAUAAGACCUAAUCUAACAAAGUAGAAAUCUCUUUAAAUUAAAUCUGAAGCUUGAUGGACAGCAAGUGUUGGGGAUGUAAAAGGAGCAGCUGUAAUAAUGUAAAAACUAACCUACAGUCAAGUUUCUCAAGACUCUUGAGCUUAUAAAACUUUUUCUGGUAGUUUAAAACACUAUUAUAUAGGUUGAUUAAUGUAUUAUAAAAAAAAACACAGAGGAAGAUUGUUCUGAGAUAUUUGUCAAUAAUUAAAAAAAAUUAAAAUGCUAUGUAGAAAUUAAAGCAUGAGAACAGUUUGGACCAUUCGAAAUGCAGAAAACGAUGUUUGUACAAGCUGGAUAUGCAGUAUGACUGUACUUCUAUUUGUACCGUGGAUUGUACGACAAUUAAAGAAAUAAAUAAAUAAAUAAAUAAAAUCUUUAUGAUCCAGAGAAUGCA